AUGUCUGAAGAAGGAAAAUCUGCUAAAUCUGCCAAAGGAAUGCGGGCUGUCAUUCUGGUUGGGGGAUAUGGAACUCGUCUUCGUCCGCUUACCCUGACAAUGCCAAAACCCCUUGUACCAUUUUGUAACAAACCAAUGAUUGUGCACCAGGUAGAGGCUUUACGUGAUGCUGGAGUAACCGAAGUUAUUUUGGCAGUUGCCUACCGUUCUGAUAAAAUGAAAGAGGUCAUGGAUUACUGGUCCAAAGAGCUUGGAGUAUCUUUCGUCUUUUCUGUUGAAGACGAGCCCCUCGGUACUGCUGGACCUUUGGCUCUUGCUCGCGAUAUCCUUCUUCAGGAUGAUCAACCGUUUUUUGUUUUGAAUGCAGAUGUAACUUGCAGAUUUCCGCUUCGUGAACUUCUCUCAUUUCAUUUGAAGAACGGAAGGGAAGGUACAAUUGCAGUUACCAAGGUCUCAGAGUGGCAAAAAUACGGCGUCGUUGUUUUUGAUGAAUCAACUGGUAUUAUUGAUCAGUUUGUGGAAAAACCUAAGAAUUUUGUGGGUGAUAAAAUAAAUGCUGGUAUCUACAUAUUAAAUAAGAGUGUCCUUAAUCGAAUCAAACUUGAGAAGACCUCUAUUGAAACACAAGUAUUUCCCCAAAUGGCCAGCGCCAAACAACUUUCCGCAUUUAACCUCGAAGGUUUCUGGAUGGACAUUGGUAUUCCAAGGGACUAUAUUGACGGCAUCGGUAAAUAUCUUCAAUCACUUAAUGGUUCCCCAAAAGAAUCUGAAGAACUCUUUCUUGUUGGUAACACAAAACGUACAAAUAACUUUACUGUGGAGGGUUCUGUUAUGAUCCAUCCUACGGCAAAAAUUGGUGAAGGCUGUUGUAUUGGUCCAUUUGUCACAAUUGGUCCAGGCUGUGUUAUUGGACCAGCCUGUCGUAUUAAACGUUCUGCCAUCUUUGAAAACAGCACUAUAGGCGGAGCCUCUUUGAUUGACUCAAGUAUAAUUGGUUGGAGCGGAAGGGUGGGUCCCUGGUGCCGUAUCGUAAAUAAUACUGUUCUGGGGGAGGACGUGGAGGUAAAAGAAGAGUUGUUCCUAAAUGGAAUAAAGGUAUUACCAAAUAAAACAAUUUCACAGAGCUACAUGGAGCCAGAGGUGGUCAUGUGA